AUGAUAACCGAACGCUUCGUCUUCCCGGAGGAGAAAAUCAUUCUGGUCUCUAUGGAUCUUGUCGAGGGGAAGGACCUCAGUUUCUUCCGCGUCUAUAGUGGCGGCUUCACCGUCGAGUGCCUGAUUGCCAUUUUUCGUCAGGUCGCUAAAGGCUUGCACUGGAUGCACCACAACAAUAUUGUCCACCUUGAUUUGAAGCCGGAGAACAUCAUGCUGGAGGAGAACGGGAGCACAAAAAUCUGUGACACGGGGCUCGCCGCUUGGUGUCGCCCAGGUCAGCGUCUCACCCGCCAUUGCGGCACGACGCCAUUCAUGGCGCCUGAACACUUCGCGGGGAACUACAACGGCCCGUCAGCUGAUGUUUGGGGGUUUGGUGCGACGGUUUACUCGUUGGUCACUUCUAAAGUUCUCUGCGAGGAACCUGUCAGAUCGGACCCCCACUUCUACAGGGCCUACUAUCGACAGGAAUUGCCGCUUGUUCAUGACCUGGCUAUACGAGAAUUUCUGCAAGACAUUUUCCUCCCGGAAGCUACAAGAUCGACGCUGUCCGACGUCAUCACAUCAAGCUGGAUGACUACGAGACUCUCGAGGCAGCCUCAGUUCCCGAUUCGGCCUGCCACGCCACUGCCAGAUGAUGCUUAUUCCUCGUCUUCGCAUAUGUAUGAUACUACGUCAGAA